UUCUUCUUCCCUCUUUUGUUUUCCAAUUUUCCUCACAUAAUUAGGGCAAUAUUAGCAACUUAAUAGCUUACUGAUCUCGUUGAUUAUAUAAUUGUGAGGAAACGUGUCAUAUUAGAGGUCUAAUGAAAAACGUUGAAAAGAAUUUCCAAAUAUCAAUGGCCUGUUUGGCUGUAGUUAUAGUAUUUAUAGGUUUGUACACUCAAUCUUUAAACAAAAUGAUAGUCACUUACUUUAUUGGUAUUUUAGGGAUCCUUGGUGUGUUUUUACCUGAUUGGGAGUCCUUUGAUCAAAGUGUCUCGCAUUGGGGCACUCCUUUCAAAGUGGAUGAGUUCACCGCUGAGUCUUGCAGAUCGGUCAGGUUUAGAUUUUAUCCAGUCAGAAUGGCUAUCUUCACAAUUUUAUAUGGAUUUGGUGUAUACAAGUGGUGGAUGUUUAUAUCCACUCAAUAA